UCUUUCUUCAUCUUCUUUUCUCUUUUGCAGUCUCUUCGUUCUUCUAGCGAAAAUGAAUGGACUAUGGCCCAGCGUCACAACCGUGACGCCCGAUGCAAUUGUAUCUUGCCAAUUCUGGGGCCGCCUGUAUCGGCCUCAUCUUCUGAGAACGAUGUCUCUACAUCCUCCAGCCCUUUAGCUGUCACGAGCAAAUCUGCCUCUUCGAGAACCAGAAGACGUGAGGCUAAAGAGAAGGAACGUCAGGACCGCCAAGCAAAUCCUGAAUCCGUCUAUGCCUGUCAUAUGACCAAGUUCACUAACUUCCUCUAUUCCUUUUUAGUUGCUCAUUCUUGUUUGGACCCCCUUUUUCACACUUUGACCUUGAUCACGGGAUUUUUUUAUAAAACUCGCUUUGUACUGAUCCUUGUACACCAGGAACCUCUGCAUGCCAAUAUAGGGGAAUCUUAA